UUUCCCCCAGCCGGACCCCCACAACCCUCCCCACGCCGCCGCCGCCGCCUCCACCAGCGCCGGCGGCGGCGGCAACCCCUCGCCCCGACCCACGAGGAUUCGGUCCUCUCCCGCGCCUCCCACCUCGCCCGCCCCGAGGUCCUGCGGCGCCGGUCCCGCCGCCUCAAGCAGCUCUCCAGAUGCUACCGGGACCACUACUGGGCGCUCAUGGAGGAGCUCAAGGUCCAGUACCGGGAUUACUACUGGAAGUACGGGAUGAGCCCCUUCAAGGAAGAGAGCCAGCGGAUGGAGGUGGACGGGUCGGCGGAGCCGGACGGGCCGAACGGGGAGGGUAUCGGGGAGAACGUCGGGAGCAGCGUCGUCCUGAGUAGGAGCGAGUUCGAGGCCAAGGGCAACAAUAAGGGGUGCUCGUUCCAAGGGUGUAAGUUGAAGGCCAUGGCGCUGACGAGCUUUUGCCAUUUGCACAUAUUGUCUGAUCCGAGGCAGAAGCUCUACAAGGCUUGCAGCUAUGUCAUCAAAAGUGCUCCGGCGGGAUCAAUAACAUGUGGGAAGCCAAUAAUGAGAUCCACCGUUCCUUCUCUUUGUAGUGUCCACUUCCAGAAAGCUCAAAAGCAUGUCACCCGGGCCUUGAAGAAGGCAGGGCUUAAUGUUACUUCAUCAAGUAAACUUGCUCCAAAAUUCCAUGUUAUAGUGGCAGAAUAUGUGCGGCAAAUUCAAGCCAAAAGAAGGGCUGCACAGAGGGCCAAAACUAGUGAAGCUGUUGUGGUUAAGGAAGAAACCAUGAACUGAGUCCCUAUUGCCAGUAACUGCAAAUCAGAAAUUGUUGCAUGAGUGGAAGUGUUGUAGCUGCAAAACAAAUCUGAGGUAAGAUGGUGCAAAGUAGAUAUUUCGACACUGUACAGACUUGAGAGUUAUUUAGGUCCUUAUUUGUGCCUGCAUACUCAAAAGACUGGUUCUGUUGUGUAUGUUCUGUUAUCAAUUUUUUAUUUUCGAACUCGGUUGCUGGAAUAGGAAAUGCGGCCGUCAUGUGUAUCCAAAUUUGCUUUACACAGCUGGAACAAAGAGUACAAAGAGAGCGUGUGUUGAAGGAGAAUACGUCUUUUCCUGUUUCUUCUUAUUUUUAGAUUGUAGCUAUGUCAUCAUCCACUGUAGUCACUCAUGCACGUGACAUUUGGGACCUGGACCUCACUAAGAAAGAGAUAGCCUGAUUACUCCCUCA